AUGACAUUUAACAAUUUUUCAGAAGAUCUCAGAGCAAGAAUGAAGAAUUUAUAUCAGAAAAGUCGUCAAAAUCCUAUAUCGGAAGAUACCACAUUUGCUGAUCAUGAGAAUGGUACAGUAUCAGCGACACUGGUACAAAUUUUAUCUCAAAAGAACGAUCGUAGUGAAUUGGAAAUGCUUGUUGGCUCGGUUUCUCUUACUCGACGUCCAUCACAAGGUUCUAAUUUAUGUCGUUCACAUUGGUAA